UUGUAUAGCCUGGUUUUUUUCUCAGCUCUAAAACCCUCCUCUCAUCUUCUCUUCCUUGCUUCAAAAAAAUAAAAAGAAAUUUUCUUCUUCUUCUUCUUCUUUCUUCCCUGUGAUAAUGGCGUAAAAAUGUUGACUCUUAUAAGUUACAGCAGACUCAUUAAUUGAAUCACUUUCUCCAAUGGCUUCUUUCAUAAUCUCGCCCACCUUUCUAUUACCCAGGUGGCAGUCAAAGUCCCCUAUCUUAAUAACACCAAGCUUUGUUCGUCUUAACGACUUCAAAUCACGAAAGGCGUGCUGGCUCCUUAGAGCCGUUUCUAAAAAGAAAACUGUAGAAUCAGGAGUUGAAGAUGUAGGAAAUGUUGGAGACACUGAAGUUGAAAACUCAGUUAAGAUUUCUAAAAAAGCUCCGAGAAAAAGUAAGAAGAAAACAACUUCGGAGACUCAACAAGACCCUUCUGCUUCAGCUAUUGUUAGUGAUGUUGCUGAAGACGACAAUACUAGUGCAGUUCCAUCUACUGAAGAUUCUAAGACGACUGCUAAACGUACAAGAAAAAAAGCUGCAACGUCAAUCCUUGGCUCAGACGGUGAGACCUCUGAGAAGAAGGUCGCUCGGAGGAAGUCUAAAAAGAAGAGUGAUGAAGGAAGUGAUGCAGAACUUAGUGAUAAUGAGGAACCUAUCAAGAAGGUCAGGCAAAGGAAAUCCAAAAAGAAGAUCGAAAAUAUGGAUGAUCAAGGAAGUGAUGUAGAUGUUAGUGAUGAUGAGGAACCUGUCAAGGUCAGUCGAAGAAAAACCAAAAACAAGAUUAAUGACACUGAUGCUCAAGGAUCUGACGUAGAACUUAGUGAUGAUGAGGAAACUGUCAAGAAGGUCAGUCGGAAGAAGUCCACAAAGAAGAUUGACAAUUUGGAUGAUGAAGGAAGUGAUGCGGAGUUUAGUGAUCAUGAAGACAUUACUUUCACCGCAAACAUUGAUGAUGACAACGAGGGUGACUUAGAUAUUCCACAAGGUGAAGAAGAUGAUAUUAGUUUUUCAUAUAGCUGGCCCCCUCUUGUUUGUUGCUAUGGAGCCGCUCAACAUGCCUUUAUACCAUCUGGCCAGCCGGCAAACAGACUCAUAGACCAUAAGAUCCAUGAAAGGAUGAAAGACGCAUUGUGGGCACCAGAAAAAUUUGUAAGGGCCCCUGGAAGUUCAGCAAGUAGUGUUUCUGUGGCUCUUGCAAACUUAGGUGGCAGAGUCGAGUUCAUGGGAAAACUUGGCGAUGAUGAGUAUGGUAAAGGGAUGCUGUACUAUCUGAAUAUGCACAACGUGCAGACUCGAUCAAUUAAUGUGGACUCUAAAAGACUUACAGCAGUAUCACAUAUGAAGAUUAGUAAAACGGGACGGUUGAGAGGGAUGUGUGUAAAACCAUGCGCUGAAGACUCGUUAUCAAAAUCCGAAAUCAACAUCGAUGUGCUGAAAGAGGCUAAGAUGUUCUACUUCAACUCGUCAUCACUGCUGGACAAAGAUAUGAGGUCUACUACAUUACGAGCCAUUAGAAUUGCGAGGAAAUUAGGCUCGGAUAUUUUCUUCGAUUUAAACCUUCCAUUACCGUUAUGGAAGUCUAAUGAGGAAGCUAAGAUGUUUAUACAACAAGCCUGGAAUCUGGCUGACAUUAUUGAGGUUACCAAGCAAGAACUUGAGUUUCUCUGUGGGAUGAAGCCUUUAGAGAAAUUUGAUACCAAAGACAACGACAAGAUUAAAUUUGCACAUCACAAGCAGGACAUGGUCAUGCCUCUUUGGCAUGAAAAUCUGAAGGUUUUGUUUGUGACAAACGGGACUUCUAAGAUUCACUACUAUACCAAGGAUAACAAUGGCUCGGUUCAUGGGAUGGAGGAUCCACCUAUAACCCCCUUCACAUGUGACAUGUCAGAAUCAGGAGAUGGUAUUGUGGCAGGACUCAUGAGAAUGUUAGCUGUCCAACCGCAUCUUAUUACCGAUACAGGAUACCUAGAGCACACAAUUAGUUAUGCAAUUGACUGUGGUGUCAUUGAUCAAUGGUUAUUAGCACGAACACGUGGUUUCCCUCCAAAAGAAGAUACGGAUGAAGAUUUAUGUACUGAUGAAAAUGGCACAAGAUCAAUAACACACAUGCAAUAUCGGACCCUAGAACCUGCAAGUAGUUGAUUUAAACUAUUAACCAAAGUUUUGUAGAUUUUUUGUUGUUGUUGUUGUUGUAGUUGUACUCAGUCACAGGUAGGGAUUUUAAUCAUCCCUUGUAAAAAAGAAGAAAAAGGGUGUGUAUGUAGUCUUGUCUUCUGUUUUGGGUUUAGAAGGUGUAGUAUUUAGUCAUCCUAUGUAAGGCAAUUCCAAUUUUGAAAGUAUGCCAUGCUAUGCCAUGGUACAGCUGCAGCCUAUUUUGAAGUAUCCUAAGUAGCAUUUCUGUGAUCCUA